AUGGCUGCGGUUCAUUCUUCCGUCCAAGGCUCUCAAGACCCUUACAACCGCUUGCCACCUCCGCCUGGCGCCUUCCAGCGGCCUCCCCCGGACAUGUAUCAACAACAGGCUCAGGUAGUCUAUCAGGCUGCUGCGCCGAGGCAGCGUACGGCAAUUGCCUGCCGAUAUUGCCGUCGCCGGAAGAUCCGAUGCUCUGGCUUUGAAAGCUCGCCCGAUGGACGCUGCACCAAUUGUGUUCGUUUCAACCAGGAAUGCAUGUUUACUCCCGUCUCCUCGCAAGCGCAGGCCUUCGUUCCAGCUCACGCCGCAUACCCUCAUUUACGCAACCAGGGUCAGACCCGGGGGCGCGGUUAUCCUGGGGAUGGAGUGAUGUUGUAUGGUGCCCAUGGUCAACCUCUUCCACCGCAGCAACAACCAAUGUCAGAUACGACACUGCCUCCACCACAAGGCCCUUACUACCAGACUUCUUAUGGCCGUCCUCAUAUUGAUGAUCGUAUUCCACCACCAUCACUUCCACACAUGCCUCACGAUCAACGCCAACAGGGUGGCAGACGUGGUUCAGGUGCAGGCUUUGACUACCCUGAGCCCGUUAACCUUGCGCCUGUCUCUACCGGAGGAUCUGCCCCUGUAUAUCCUUCAGCUUCCUACUACCACGCCCCGGGUCAUGACAGGCGCCCUUCUCCGCAAUCCUACGCAUAUGACCGUGCUUCUCCACAUGGAUCUGCUUACCCUCCUAUGCCAGCCCACGGAACACCACCUCCAGUUACCCCAGGUGCGUCCCGAGGCGGCCUGAAUGUACGCGAUAUCUUGAACAACCCCACCGAAUCUAAUGGAGGCCGAUCAAGCACCGACAGCGAUAUGCUGAAUCAACUCAACCGCAAGGUUUAA